AUGAAUAUGAGUGAUGCGACAACAACAACUAUUGCUAUGCAUUGUCACCAUCCGAUCCACAAUCAUCACCGUAAUAAUAGCAUUAUUCACCAAACGCUACAACAACAACAGCAACAGCAAUUGCAGCAGCAGCAGCAGCAGCGACAACAACAACAGCAACGGCAACAGCAACAGCAGCAGCAGCAGCAGCAGCAGCAACAGUCAUCAUCAUCAAUAGUAAUAGCAGCAUCAUCGAAACAAGCGUUAAUUGAUAAACGCUUAUCACCUUCUUCGUCUAUUUCACGAUCGCCUAUCCAGUUAUCACCAUCAAUAACGCCUCAGCAGUCGCUAUUCUCAUCGUCGUUAUCAUCACCUUCAUCAUCAUCGUCUGUGUUAUCAACACUAACUACAACUUUAUCACCAUCGUCGUCAUCAUCAACAUUACUUUUGCCAUCUACUCAGAUUUCAACAGCAAUAACAACAACAGCAAAAACAACAACAACAACAGACGAUGUAUUACUCGACGAGUUGUCGCGUUUAAGUGGUUUGAUACCGGUUCAGCCUCAUCCAAUCAUUGUACCACCUGAUAUGAGUUAUUCCGCAUUGCGCAGCACAUCACUUAAUGGACAUUUUGUUUCGUGUUUUGUUGUUGGCGGAGAAUGUCGAAUAUGUUUUCCACAAAUUAUUUCUGUUGUCCUACAAAACGUACCAAUACGUGAAGUUAACGAACUUUUUAUUACGUUAAAUAUUCAUAUAUCAGUUGCAACGCCGCAACAACUUGAUACAUUAAAAUUCGCUGGUGUUAUGCCAAUGACUGUUGAUAGCUGUGGUUUAAUAACGAAAAGUGAUGCGGAACGUCUCGUUGCCAAACUAGUACCACAAUCAGGUGGACCAUUACGUACGUCAGUCUCACGCGAUGGCGAUGUUUCAGUAAGUCAUGAUUGUUUUGGUGGUUGUGUUGGACGUCUGAUCACUAUGAUUUCAGCGACAAACGAUGAUUGUAUUGAAUGUGAUGAAUGUAAAUUUAUGUUUACUGGUGAAAAAUUUGUUACGCAUACGCAUUCAUUGCGUGAAAUUCAUAAAACAUGUCAUUGGGGUUUUGAUUCGGCAAAUUGGAGGCAUUUUAUAUAUCUAACCGAUGAAUCGGAUGAUCCUAAAAAUUCAUGGGCAUCACAAUUAUUACAGCAAUUUAAGAAUUACUCGUCAAAUAUGAUCGAUUUACUCGUUCGACCCGUGAAACGUCAUUCAACUGAUGCUAAGGUUGGCACAACAGAUUUUGUUCCAUCGAAGGUACCGAAUGUUUCACUUCCAUCUUUUGAUUUUCGUCGAUUGCUCGAAUGGGAAGGUCUUCGUAGUAAUGCAGCCAGUAAUACGGACGCGACUACAGUGCCGAUCAUGAAUCCGGCUCAGCUGGCUUUGCAUUGGCUGAACCAAUUACAGCAGUCACAAAGGCUUUCAUCGUUGCCAUUAGCUGCAGCUACAACUACAUUAUCAACACAAUGGUCAAAUGAAUUUCUGAAGCAGUUAAUUGCUGUAAAAACAGAUCCUCGAUUUCGAACGCUGGAUAUAACAAAUUCUUUGGACAUAACCAUGCGAAAUGGAUUUGCUGGUUCUUUAGCUGUUACGUUGGAAAAACUAUUAGAAGAGAAUCUUAAAGAACCAGAACUAUCGUUAGCACGACGAUUGCUACUCGAAGCGAAGCAGGCACGUAAUCGUGAACUCGAAUCAUUAUUAUCGCAAAAUGAGAAACUGAUGAAAGAAAACGCAAUUUUACGAAAUGCUCUAUCAAAUACAGGAUUAGCACCAAAAUUGGCUAGUUUGCUAUCCGCCAAUUAA